UUGCACCACUAGUUCCAUUUACAUAUUGAAGUUUAAAACAAAAACGCAAGCUUGACUCAUUCGCAUGACAUUUACAGUCUAGCUUUUAGUCGUCGUGGAUUGCGUAGUCGCUGCAGUAAUGUCUGAGAAACCGACUGUGUUAAUUUUGGGUGGCUGUGGAUUCAUUGGACGCAGCUUGGUGACUUAUCUUUUGAAAAAUGAGCUGACGCAGGAAAUUCGUAUUGCCGAUAAAACGCCGCCUCAGAUGGCCUGGUUAAAUGAGCAACAGACGAAGGCGUUCGACAAUGAUAAAGUAGAGUUUUGCAGCGCGAAUUUAAUAAGUGCCGCCUCAUGUAAGUUGGCGUUUGCACCACACCCAACGAGUGGACGUGCCUGGGAUAUAGUCAUCAAUUGUGCUGCUGAGACGCGAGCUAAUCAAGACGAUGCCGUCUACAAGGAGGGCAUCUACAAGCUAAGCUUAAACUGUGCCAAUGAGGCAGCCAAUCAACACGUCAAGCGCUAUGUCGAGCUUAGCUCUGGUUGUGUAAACAGCAGCGAGAAGACGCCGCUAAAAGAAGACUGUAAGCAGGAUCCAUGGACGGGUGUGGCCAAGCAAAAACUGAAAGUAGAAAAGGAGCUAGCGCGAAUUAAUGAUCUCAGCUACACAGUGGUGCGGCUGCCCGUAGUCUAUGGGGUUGGUGACAAGCGCUACUUAAUGCCACGAAUUAUUAUUGCAGCCAUAUAUAAGUACCUCGGCGAGACAAUGAAACUGUUGUGGAACGAUGCAAUGCGCCUGAAUACAGUGCAUGUGAAUGAUGUGUGUGCUGCUAUUUGGCAAUUAUCACAAAGUCCCAAAGCAGAUGGCCAGGUGUUCAAUAUAACGGAUGACUCUGAGUCCACACAAGGCAGCAUUAGCAGCCUAUUGUCGGAUAUUUUUGGUAUUAAUGUGGACUAUUUUGGUUUGGUGAUGUCCAAUCUAACAAAGCUAUAUCCUACGGAUACGGUUGGUGAAAUCAAUGACAAGCAUUUGGCACCCUGGGCCGAGAUUUGUCAACGCAAUGGCAUUGAAAAUACGCCACUAACGCCGUAUCUUGAAGAGGAGCAGCUACAGCAUAAGCACCUCUAUUUGGAUAAUGCAAAACUAAAAGAUUUUGGUUAUGUGCUGCAGGCGCCAAAGGUAACAAGGGCACUUCUAAUGGAAAUGAUUGACGACUACGUAAAACAACAAUUGUUUCCCAAAUCUUUGGCGCUCUAAUUGGCAGCGUACUCUACAAAAGCACAAAGUUAAUGCGCACAGCAAGAUAUUUC